CUAGUUCACCUCAAAGAUCAUCAAGAAAGCAACUCUCUAAUCAUACCUAGUCGCUUUACAUCACUCAUGAUGCACAGCGUGCUUUUCAGACUCUUCUUCGGAUUUGCCCUUCCCCUCGUCCUACGAGCCUCAUCAUUGCAACCCAAUCCAUCAGGGUUGACGGUUGGCUUUUACCAGUACACAUGCCCAAACGCAGAGGCCAUUGUUCGCGAUGAGAUGGCCAAGAUCAUCUCCAUCGUCCCCAGCCUCGCCGGCCCGCUGCUUCGGAUGCAUUUCCAUGACUGCUUUGUGAAUGGUUGCGACGGUUCUGUUCUGCUGAAUAGCACACCGGGAUCGCCGUCCGAGAAGGAGUCGGUACCGAACCUCAGCCUGCGAGGCUUCGGCACAAUCGAUCGUGUAAAGGCUAAGCUGGAGCAGGCCUGCCCUGGAGUGGUGUCCUGUGCUGAUGUUCUGGCUCUGGUAGCAAGGGAUGUCGUUGUACUGACCAAAGGUCCUCAUUGGGAUGUUCCAACGGGGCGGAGGGACGGGAGGAGAUCGGUGAAGGAUGAAGCUUUGAACAACCUCCCUCCACCCUUCUUUGAUGCCGGUCGGAACCUGUACCAGUUCUUCAUCCCCAAGGGCCUUGAUGCAAAGGAUCAGGUGGUUCUGUUAGGUGGGCACACUCUCGGGACCUCCCACUGUUCGUCCUUCGCCGACCGGCUCUACAACUUCACCGGCACGCUCAUGCCCGACCCGUCGCUCGACAAGCGCUACCUCCCGAAGCUCAAGAGCAAGUGCGUGCCAGGCGACGCAGCGACGCUGGUGGAGAUGGACCCGGGCAGCUUCAGGACGUUCGACGCGAGCUACUACCGGCACGUCGCCAAGGGCAGGUCCCUCUUCACCUCCGACCAGACGCUCAUGAACGACCCCGCCGCCAGGGACUACGUCCAGCGGCAGGCCGCCGUUGCCGACGCCGGUACCUACCCGGCCGAGUUCUUCGCGGACUUCGCGGCGUCCAUGGUGAAGAUGGGCAACAUGCAGGUGCUCACCGGCGCGCAGGGGGAGGUAAGGAGGCACUGCGCCUUUGUGAACUAGACGCGCGCCGGCGCGCGCGUGUAGCUCCGUUAAUUCGUGUGACCGUAAGAAGGAUUACUAAUGGUUAAUUUCUUCCAUGUGUAAAACUGGCGUGUUAAGUUACAGGGUGUAUGCAUCAUAGCCUUCCUUCAUUUGUAUUAUUGUGAUGUCAUCAAAUAAACUGUUUGGUUGAUCCAGUGACAAAAUA